GGCCAGGACGACGGCUUAGCGCAAGACCAUCCCUAUGGUCCGUAUAAUGCUGAUGGAAGGCUGUGCUGCUGUGCAUGCCCGGGGACUCGGACUCAUUGCAUCUUCCCGGAGCAUCCUUGUCCCCUGGUCUUGAGCCCGUUAUACCCUCUUGAGGCUAUUUCUCCUGACCCAGCCUCUCAGGACCUCUUCCCAAGAAAGCACCUUUGAUCCUUAUCUCUGAACUCCACAUACAUGGGACACCACCAAGAAUUCUUUCAUCCCUAUCUCCUUCAAUAAAUAAAUAACCUUUUGAACUUCACCCCUCUUUCUCGGAUCGACACCUUCGUAGCUUUCCCUCUUGCCUUUUGGGAGUUUUAUUUCAUGUUGAAAAUGAGUUGAAUCAUUCCAGCAUUAAAGAAUCCAACAUUCCUCAAUGCUUUGUGAGGUACCAUUUUAACUUUUGCUUGAGAGAAUUCUGAAACUACAAAUAACUUUGACAAAUAUUUGUAUGAGUGAAUCCUCUGUGAAGGUUAUACAGAUAGAUGUUUUCAUGAAGAGAAGUGAAAAGCCGGAAGGGUAUAGACAAAUGAGGCCUAAGACCUUUCCUGCCAGUAACUACACUGGCAGUAGUAGGCAAAUGUUGCAAGAAAUACGGGAGUCCCUUAGGAAUUUACCUAAACCAUCAGAUGCUGCAAAAGCUGAGCAUAGUAUGAAUAAAGCAACAAUAGAAGAUCCUCGACAAGGCCGAAACCCACCCAAAUUUGUGACAUAUCAUAAAGCUUUGCAAGAAAUACGAAAUUCUCUACUUCCAUUUGCAAAUGAAGCCAGUUCAUCCACCAGGAGUGCUUCAGAAGUUAAUCGACAAAUGCUACAAGAUAUGCAAAUUGCUGGAUUUGAUGAGGAUAUGGUUAUAAGAGCACUUCGACAAACUAAUAAUAAAAGUAUAGAAGCAGCAAUUGAAUUCAUUAGUAAAAUGAGUUACCAAGAUUCUCGCAGAGAACAGAUGGCUGCAGCUGCAGCUGCAGCUAGACCUGUUAAUGCAGGCCCCAAACCACCAGGGAACGUACAGAAAUCAGUUAACCGAAAACAAAGCUGGAAAGGUUCUAAAGAAUCUUUGGUCCCUCAAAGACAUGGCCCAACUCUAGGAGAAAGUGUUGUUUUUCGCUCCGAAAGUCCUAAUUCUCAGACAGAUGUAGGAAGGCCUUUAUCAGGGUCUGGAAUAGCAGCAUUUUCUCAGGGUCAUCCUGGCAAUGGACAGAGAGUGAACCCACCACCACCUCCACAAGUAAGGAGUAUUACCCCUCCUCCACCACCUCCAAGAGGCCAGACUCCCCCUCCAAAAAGUACACCACCCUCAUCAUGGGAACCAAACUCUCAAACAAAACGUUAUUCUGGGAACAUGGACUAUAUGAUUUCUCGUAUUUCUCCAGUGCCACCUGGGACAUGGCAAGAUAGCUACCCUCCACCACCUCUAAACACUUCCCCAUUGAAUCCUUCUAGCCAGGGACAAAGAAGCAUUAAUUCUGUCCCUGUUGGGAGGCAACCAAUCAUCAUGCAAAAUUCUAACAACAAAUUUAACUUUACAUCAGGAAGAUCUGGAAUUCAGAAUGGCAGUGGUCAGAGUGAUUUUAUGAUGCAUCAGACUGUUGUCUCUGGUGGUUCUGUGAAUCGACAACCCCCACCUCCAUAUCCUUUAUCUCCAACCAAUGGGCAGAGUGCCUGUACUUUACAAAUACAAACUGGAGGACCUGCUACUUCUUUACCAUACUCAAAUGGAAACAUUCCUUCAUCUAUGAUGGUGCCAAAUAGAAACAGUCACAAUAUGGAACUUUAUAACAUAACUGUAUCUGGAUUACAAACAUCCUGGCCUCAGUCAUCAUCUGCCCCACCCCAGUCAUCACCUGGUAGUGGACAUGAGAUCCCUGCAUGGCAGCCUAACAUUCCAGUAAGAUCAAAUUCUUUUAAUAAUCCAUUAGGAAAUAGACCAAGUCACGCUGCUAAUUCUCAGCCUUCAGCUACAACAGUAACUGCUAUUACACCAGCCCCUAUUCAGCAGCCAGUGAAAAGCAUGCGUGUCUUAAAACCAGAACUCCAGACUGCUUUAGCACCCACCCAUCCUUCUUGGAUUCCACAGCCAAUUCAAACCACACAGUCAAUCCCCUUUUCUGAGAGUCCAACCUCAACUAUGGCAGUUAUGCCACCUGUUGCUGAGGCUCCAAAUUAUCAAGGCCCUCCACCACCAUAUCCAAAACAUUUGCUACACCAGAAUGCAUCUGUUCCUACAUAUGAAUCGGUACCCAAACCUAGCAAAGAGGAUCAACCUUGUUCUCCCAAGGAAGAUGAAGGGGAAAAGAAUUAUGAAAAUAGUGAUAGUGGAGAUAAAGAAAAGAAACAGAUUACAACCUCACCUGUCCCUGUUAGGAAAAACAAGAGAGAUGAAGAGCGAAGAGAAUCUCGCAUUCAAAGUUACUCUCCUCAGGCAUUUAAAUUCUUCAUGGAGCAGCAUGUGGAAAACAUACUCAAGUCUCAUCACCAACGUCUUCAUCGUAAGAAACAACUAGAGAAUGAAAUGAUGAGGGUUGGACUAUCCCAAGAUGCCCAGGAUCAAAUGAGAAAGAUGCUUUGCCAGAAGGAAUCUAAUUACAUCCGCCUUAAAAGAGCUAAAAUGGACAAGUCCAUGUUUGUGAAGAUAAAGACCCUAGGAAUAGGUGCAUUUGGUGAAGUUUGUUUAGCAAGAAAAGUGGAUACUAAUGCUUUAUAUGCAACAAAAACUCUGCGGAAAAAAGAUGUGCUGCUUCGAAAUCAAGUUGCUCAUGUCAAAGCUGAGCGAGAUAUCCUAGCAGAGGCUGACAAUGAAUGGGUAGUUCGCCUAUACUAUUCAUUCCAAGAUAAGGACAAUUUGUACUUUGUAAUGGAUUACAUUCCAGGGGGUGAUAUGAUGAGCCUGCUAAUUAGAAUGGGUAUAUUUCCAGAAAAUUUGGCACGGUUCUACAUAGCAGAACUUACCUGUGCUGUUGAAAGUGUUCAUAAAAUGGGCUUCAUUCAUAGGGAUAUUAAACCUGAUAACAUUUUGAUUGAUCGUGACGGUCAUAUAAAAUUGACUGAUUUUGGCCUCUGUACAGGCUUUCGAUGGACACAUGAUUCUAAAUACUAUCAGAGUGGUGACCAUCCACGUCAAGAUAGCAUGGAUUUCAGUAAUGAAUGGGGUGACCCAGCCAACUGUCGAUGUGGAGACAGACUGAAACCUCUAGAGAGAAGAGCAGCACGCCAGCACCAGCGUUGUCUGGCACAUUCAUUAGUUGGGACCCCCAAUUAUAUUGCUCCAGAAGUCUUAUUACGAACAGGUUAUACACAGUUGUGUGAUUGGUGGAGUGUUGGUGUAAUUCUUUUUGAAAUGUUGGUGGGGCAACCUCCCUUCCUGGCACAGACACCAUUAGAAACACAAAUGAAGGUUAUCAACUGGCAAACAGCUCUUCAUAUUCCACAACAAGCUAAACUGAGUCCAGAAGCCUCUGACCUAAUUAUUAAACUUUGUCGAGGACCAGAAGACCGCUUAGGAAAGAAUGGUGCUGAUGAAAUAAAAGCUCAUCCGUUUUUCAAAGCAAUUGAUUUUUCUAGUGAUCUGAGACAGCAGUCUGCUUCAUACAUUCCUAAAAUCACACACCCAACAGAUACAUCAAAUUUUGACCCAGUUGAUCCAGAUAAAUUAUGGAGUGAGAAUAAUGAUGAAGGAAAUAUAAAUGACACUCUUAAUGGAUGGUAUAAAAAUGGAAAGCAUCCUGAGCAUGCUUUCUAUGAAUUUACUUUUCGAAGGUUUUUUGAUGAUAAUGGCUAUCCAUAUAAUUAUCCCAAACCUUUUGAAUAUAAUGAGUACAAUAAUUUACAAAGUUCAGAGCAACAGUCAGAUGAAGAUGAUCAACACACAGGGACAGGGGUCAAAAAUGGUGACUUAGUUUAUGUUUAGUACACUGGAAAGUAAUUGAACUAUAUUUCUAUGAUGGUUAUUUUGGGGAAAGACCUCAACUAUAGGAUUUUUAUGAGGUUUCAAGAGAAAAAUUAUGCAAGCCUGACAGAGCUAUUUAUUUUUGCUCUGUGUACAUUAUUUUAUUCCCCCAAUUAUAGGGAAUUUAUUUCAACUAUUAAUUUAUUCCAGCAUUGUUAAUCAGUAAUUUAGAAAAAAAUGUUUUAAGAAAAAUUAAAUUAUGAACUGAAUUUUGUGAUCAAUUCUUGGUACUUUAAGUACUUGAAAUAAGAAAAUAGUGAUUUGUUUAAAAGGAAAUAGAUGCCUGUUAUCUAUUUGUACAUAGAAUAAAUAAUUUUAAAAUUUAAAAAAAACUUUGGAAAGACAGUUUAACCUUGCUUUUAACCAAAUAUAUCCCACAUUUACAGAAUCUUUUUCGUAACCUUGGUUUUGACACAAAGCUAGGUGUUGCUGGCUCUUUGCUACAAUAUAAGCUAAAAAAAUUAAGCCAUCUGGUCAGUGUGUGUUCCCAGGGCUGAUGAUAAUCUGGAUAAUUCACAUCCUGGUACUAGGAAAUACAGGGUUGCAACAAUGUCAUUGUUUAUCAAACAAGAGUGAAAGUAAUAGUUCAAGUCUUUUUUUGUAAUUGUAGUCCAUCUAAUAGUAUAUUCAAAUAUUUUAAAGCUUAGGAACUUUAGAAAGCUAUAGCACUACCAAUUUUUCUCUCCAUAUCACUAUGUUUUUAUAUAUUUCCAUGUUUAAAAGGAAACAGCUGCCAUACAAAAAGAUCUUUUAGACUAAUAUUUUGUUAUCGUUUGUUAAAGUUUAUUUCUUUUGUAGUUCUGAGCAAAACUGCAAACUUAUUUUCAAGUUUUUGUGAUUUCUUUGAAACUACUAUCUUGAAUAUCCUGUUCAGCAAACAUUUACCAAGUGCCUACUAUGUGCAGAGCAUUGAGAGACAUACAGUUUAGAGGAGACUGUUUCACCAUGGGUCUUACAGUCUUAGUAGGAGAAUAAAAGACAUAAAAAGAUAACUAUAAUAUAUAAUAAGUGCAUUUGAAGUACAAAAUUAUGUACAAUCUAUAGUGUCCAAAGGAGAAAGUCAUUGCUGACGGGAAUAAGAAAAGGCUUCAUGGAAAAGGCAGCAUUUGCAUUGGGUUUUAAAGGCAGAAAAGCCAGGACAUUCUCCCUUACAUAUAUAACAGCAAAUUAUUUGGUUUAAGAAAUUUCAGGAGCAUCACUAGGUUUUUUUGUCAAACUAGAAUUCAUUCAGAAAACAUGACCUAUAAAAGAAAAAAUGUAUUUGACUAUUAAUCCUAUGACCUACUUAACUUUGGUGAAAGGAUAUGAAUGUUUGUAGUUGGGGGGGGGGGGACGGGAUAGGGAGUUAAUUACUAAGAAAUUAUUUUAUACUUUGUGUAAAAUGAAUUCCCACUAACUUAUUUUUCAUUAAUAUAUAACUUAUUUCAGCAUCCUUAUUUUGUAUAAUGGUUAGGUUUCAAGGAAAAACUGGUGGUUAAUUCUGCCCAAAAUACAUUUAGCUUAGCUCUGAAGGUAAGGGGUAGAUACAGAGUACUAGUAGGGUGCCAGUUAAAGUCGCCAUUUUUAUUUACCUUUCUUAAGCACCCGUUAAGUAGAAUUAUGUUAUAUUAAAACUUAAUUUAAAAAUUAAUUCAUGUGCAUAAAUAUGAAGAAGCUCAAAAUUCCCUUUGUGAUAGGAUGACAGUGAAACUUGUUUUGAGUUGAUUUCACUAAGAUUUAGCCUAAGACUUGUUUCUACUAUUUUAUGACCAAAAUGGUUUGUAAGUCACAUGCUUCUGGCCUCAUAUUUGCCUCUUUGAUGAUUCAAAUUUGAAACUCUCACUACUUUGUUUUGUUGAAGUUUGGUAUAGGGAGAAGUUGCCUGAAAAAUGCUUUAGUUGUAUUUUGCUGGCUGUCGAUAAGAUUGUUUCUAAGGUACAUUUACUCAGAGGGGUAUAAGAAAAUUAAUUGUAAUGGGAUGUCAUUGUUCACUUAAUGGACACUCAUUCCCAUAAAACUCUAUGCAAACAAGUUUACCGGUUAAAGAAUUUCCAAUUCAGCUCUUCUUCAUAUAAGUAACUCUCUACAAUUCUUAAUUUGUAGUCUGGGUGGUUUAGUUCUCUUUACAAUUCUUUUGCUUCUGGAUCUCUGGUGCAAUACAAGGCAAAACCAGCUUUGCUAAUUUCUCACAGAAAUAGAGAUACUUACCUCUCUUCUUUCCCUUUUUCCCUACCUACCUGUCCUUUCCACCCCCAAAAGAAAGAAAACAUUUGUAAUGCUUUUAAUUUCCCAAUUUGGGGAGUUGUGCAACCCUUGCUUUCUAGGAAUACCCUCUCACAGAAGUAAAAGUUCCAUAUUUGGGUCAUUGACAGUUUCUAGAUUAAUUAUCUACAAUUCUAAUAGCUUAAAUGUACAGAUUAACUUUAAUUCUUAAAUCUUAUGCCAAAUUCAGUUCGUAUUGAUUCAUUGUAGACACUGGCACUUCUAGGGGUGGGGGGAAGGGCACAAAGAUGUUCACAAAUAGCAACUGAGAGAUUAUUACAAAUUUUCCAGUUAGGAAAAAAAAGAACUUACUGUCUUUCUUUAACUUGCCCAUUUAUUCAUAUAAAUUGUAUUUAUAAAAUGUGUUCUAUGAUCAUGCAAUUGUAAAUAUUAUUAUGUAUUGUUCAAUGACAUUCUAUCCAAGGCAGGCCCUCUUGCUGUAUCUUUUCUACCUUCAUGUUUGUAAUAGAAACUAGAGAAUGUAUGACUAGAAAGUCACUUUGAGAAUGACUUUAAAAACAAGUUACCUUCUACUGUUGCAAAGUGCAAAACUGUGAGUGGAAAUGGUUUCUUCUAAUUUCAUUAAUAAUGUUUAAGAUGUUAGAAAAUGCAGUGGGUGGAUUCAUAGAUAAUGCUGCUGCUGUUAUCCCAAGGUACCAUUAAACACUCUUCCUUCCUUCCCUCCCUCAUUCCCUUCUUUCUUAGAAAAAAUAUGCCUUUGGGAUUUAAAGUAAAACAUUUAGUUUGUUUGCUUUAAUUCAUCCAAAGCAAAGAAUAAUUUGGGUCAACAUUAGUUUAAUAUUUGUGAAGCGCCUUAAAGAAGUUCCUGUGUGGAAGGCACUAUACCAGUUUACUUUUAUAUUGUAUUGUGUAUAUAUGUAUUUUGUAUUAAAAAUGUUCUUAUAACACUACAGUUUUAUAAAAUUAUACUUUGUUAGAAGGAAUUGCAGCCUUGCAAUACUGAAUUCUUUGAAUAUUUCUGAAUGUAAUAGUUAUCAGUAAUCAGUGACAUUUUUUGACUGUUUUAUGAAUCUUUGUAUUUUCUCAAUCAUUUUCUCUAGUGUAACAUCUACUGGGAUAAUAAAAAACAGAUAUAAAAAUCUAUUCCUUUGUAAUAUGUGUGGAAAUUAACUGUUAUGCUGCUAAGUAAAUACGAUGCAGAACUCUGUUCUAAAGUUCAUUCAUCUGCCAUUUGUCUCUUAGUAAAAUAAAUUUAUAGUGAUAAAAUAUUUUGUAUAGAUGAGUAUUUAGUAUAUACACAAAUCAUUACACUAAAUUUCUUUUUACUUUUUUUUUUAACCCUUACCUCCCCUCUUAGAAUCAAUACUGUGUAUUGGUUCCAAGACAGAAGAGUGGUAAGGGCUGGCUGGGGGUUAAGUGACUUGCCCUAGCUAGCAACCUAGCUAGGACCUAGGACCUUCUAUAUCUAGGCCUGGCUCUUAAUCCACUGAGCCACACAGCUGUCCCUCUUUUCACUUUUUAAAACCUGCCUGCUAUUUUUUUUCUUUUUUCCAUCUUUCAAUAUAAAAUUGUCUUAUUCAUUUCACAUACUUUCAGUCCUUUACUCAGUGAAAUGUGUCAAAUUUUCAUUAUUUUAGAGUUCUCUUUUUAAAUAUUUUUUUCAUCAUUGAAGAUAUUUGAUUACUGUAUGGUUAAAUUUAUUCAUUAAAGAAAGUCCUACUCAUGUACCUCAUUGUGGCAUAAAGGUCAAAAUCCUUGGUUUCUCAAAUAUGCUAAUAGCAAGUCUGAUCAAACUAGAAAAGUUUGAAGUGUGGUUUAACAAUGUAUUGCAUGUCUGUUAUUUAAGAAUCACUCUUUUUUACCCGAAAUUUGAAGUAGCAAAUUUUUCCUUAAAGUACAUUGGUGGUUCUUUUGUUAUAUCAUCUUUAGUCAAUUCAUAUUACCACCACUCCCUUAAAGAAUGCUUAUGGGAGAGGGAGUAUUAAGCAUAUGAGAGUACUAUCUAAUCAACUUGAGCCUUCCUAUAAACAAGAUAAAAACCCACUAAUGUCAUUUCCUACAUAAGUUCCAGUACUUGGAUCUGUUAUUUCAUUGGUUUGGGCAUUCCCUCUAAUGGUGUGGAUAACAAGCCUUUCAUAACUUCUCAUUCUUUAUGGUGCUUUUUCAAUAUCUUUCUAAAGUUCUCCAUAGAAAACCCACCCAGUUUCUCUGACUUUUUAAAAACUUAAAAAACUCGUUACUAGUGACAAUCUUUAGCUAACUAUCUCUUGACUCAUUCGGAUUAUUUUACAUUUCUGGAUGUUCAUGUCAAUUAUACUUUUUAAUCCACUUUUUAUGUACAAGUAAGGUUAUCUGUUCACUUCCCCCAUAUAUGUUUUCAUUGCCUUUUAGAGUAUUUGUAAUUUUGUGCCUGCUAAGAUCAUGGUGUCUUAUAAUUCCCACAUAGCAUUAUUGGUAAAGUACCCAUGAUAUUGAAAAGCAAUGUGCAAUUGUGCAAAUGUUCUUCAGUCCAAUCAGGAGAUUCUGGGAUUCUAGUUUAUUACUCCUCUUUAUCUGUCAUAAUUAUCCUUCCAACAGCAUUUUUAAGCUGGAUAAUGAGUACUUUUCAUCCACCUGGUUUUUUCACUGUGGAUAAUCCCACAUUUUCCAAACUACUCUGACUGUCACUAAAGAAGCUUUCAAAUAUUAUGGGGCUCAAUGGUAUUGGCAUAAAACAUUCUGCAACUAACAUUUGGAGAAGCUCUCCAGUAAUAGGUAAUACUUUGGAAUCUGUGCAGCAGUGGUGUCAAACAAAGUUACCAGUAAACCAUGUAUAAGGAUCCCGGUAAACCACAUGUUAACAGUUUUGAAAUGUAAUGUUAUCUGUUUUGUUGUACAUUUAUUUAUUUUGUUAAAUAUUUCCUAAUUACAUUUUUAUCUGUUUCAAAUCACAGUGGGUAGUGGGCAGUAUUGUAGCUACUUGUGUCACAGGUUGUAUGUUUGAUAUGUCUGGCAUAUGGGAUAUGUUCCAUUAAUCUUAAAAACAGUAUGGGUGAGCCUUUGUGUCCCCGUUUUAUGCCUUAUUGACAUAACUUCAUUAGUAUGAUUUGUUAUAGAAUCUUGUAUAAUUUUAAUUUGAUUGGGAGACAUCCUGUUAGAGGAGAGUAUUUAAGGCUGCAAUUUGUUCUCCUGAAUUGAAUGCUUUUUUAAAAAAAUCAAUAAACAAUGGAUGCAACAA